UGAAACUCAUUUGCAGCAGAGCUCCGAGUUCCGAACAAAACCAGCAAGAUGUCUUCAUACGGUACCAUGAUGAAGCACCCCUCGGUGGCGCCGCGUCAGCGCCAAACCCGGGCUAAUCGUCUGACUCGCCAUUCCUGCUUCACCCUGAAACGCGAGAAAGGGUUCACAGUGCGCAAAUCUUUGGUGGACUAUGUGGAUGAGGAACUCCAGGAUAUGGAAACAUCGGUGUUCUAUCAGCGCAUCUAUGUGUUGGCCAAGAAUGCGCCCCUGGGUGAAACACGUUUUAGUCUUAUAUCGGGAGGAACAGUUGCGACUACUGCCACUGUGGGUACGGUUGGUACAGGGGACACGGCGGGCACUGCGGGCACUGCGGGCACAGGUAGUACGAUAGACGAUAAUGGAGAGGAAGUCGUGGGAGCAGAUACGGAAAAGCCGGAAACCGAAGAACAUGAAGCUGAGGUCGAGGAAGCAGCCGAAGCGAAUCAAAACGUUGAAGGGGAAGGCGAAACACGAUUAUCAUCACCAGAUACAGCAGACGGUGGCGAAACAGAGCAGCAGAAUGCAGAAGUUGAGGUACAACGGCCAAAUAAGGAUGACGAAGAGGUUCUAACACAAACAUUUCGCUUCGAUGUGGGUGAUUCCGACGAACCAGAGGCACCAUCAGAAGAGCCACCACAACAACCUUCGGUAGAUAUGAUCGAAGAGCCCAAAGACUUUUUCAUAGUUUUUAAGGAACACCUAGAAGCAUUGCACGACAAUUGUCUGCGUAAAAUGUUCACACCAGAUCCCAUGUGCGGUUUGUUUCUGUACAUGGGAGAGUACAGCAUGCUAAUGCUGGAGGGCAGCGAGGAUAUGAUGGGACUUUUCUGUCGAGACCUAUUACUGACCAUCGAUGAGUUCUGGCGCGAUAAUCGCGUUUUUCUUGUAGAGGAUUACAUUAAGGAGCUAUACACGAAAGAGAUAAUUGCACGUCGAAUUCCUGGUGCCUAUAUAAAUGAGAAGUUUCCCACUUCUACGCCCAAUGACGAAUAUCUGAUGGGUAAGCAGCACAAGAUCAUUAAGGAUAAGCUAUUUACUAUAUGCCGCAUGGUGGCGGAGAGCAUGGAGCCAGCACCGGUCGAGUCCUCCGAGUCUGACAAAACGGAGAGCACAACUGAAUCGACCGAUGAUUCACAAUUAUCUGAUAGCAGUACCCCUAAGGCUGUUGACUCGGGUAUUAUGGAUAAUUUGCCCGUGGAAAUAUAUCGCAAAUUGUUGCCUGAAAUUCAGCGUAUAGAACUGGUGCUAGCCUCGACCCGAUUUUAUAAUACACUUCGACAAUUUUCCGAUUUAUAUGGGCAGGUGCCCUUCACCACCGAUGACGAUGGCAAUUACUGGCCCAUACAGAACAAUUAUACACCGCCAUAUAUCUUCAGACGCACUCCAUUCGAUAUUAAUUUGACGUUUAACGAGUAUGCGGCUUUUAUGAAGCGUGCACGUGAAUCGCAGCAGGAGUCCCAGCGCAGCUCCUUCCUAUUGGAGGAGGAGGGGGAGGGCGAAGAGGUACCACCCAAUAAGCCAAAGGAAGAAGGGGAAUAAAACUAAUUAGAUUGAGUUUCAGUAUUUAAUAUGUAAUUGAUUAUAUAAAUUCAUUUUUGGUUCGAUCA